AUGGUAAACAUUAACUCAGAAACUGGAGACAUAAUCAGCCUGCAGUCUUUUAACUACGAGGAGUUGAAAAUGUUUCAAUUUAAAGUUCAGGCCACAGACUCUGGUGUUCCUCCGCUCAGCAGCAAUGUCACUGUCAACGUUUUAAUUCUGGAUGAAAAUGACAAUAAUCCAACAAUUCUUGCUCCUUACUCUGAGCAUGGCUCCGUUAACAGUGAGAGCAUCCCCUAUUCUGCUGAAGCGGGAUACUUUGUGGCAAAGAUCAGGGCUAUAUCCUAUUCCAUUUUUGAGGAGGUGGACAAAGGCGCUGCGGUGGGAAAUCUAGCGAAGGAUUUAAAUCUUAGUGUGCAGCAGCUUCAGUCAUCGGGUCUUCAAAUUACAUCUGGGUAUAAACCCCCGUAUUUUGAUAUCAAUCUUGAAUCUGGAGUACUUUUCGUUAGCGAGAGAAUUGAUCGGGAGGAGCUAUGUCCUAAUACGGUAAAGUGCUCUUUAAAUAUCGAGGCCAUAUUGAGUAACCCUCGCAGUCUUCAUCGAAUUGAAGUUGUAAUCAAUGAUAUUAAUGACAAUGCCCCGUCUUUUCAAGGAGAUAUAUCUACAAUUGAUAUGUAUGAGUCCUCAUAUGUCGGAGAAAGGCAUCCAUUGCCGAUAGCGCAUGACCCAGAUGUUGGCGCUAACUCAGUGAAGACUUAUAAAUUGAACGCGAAUGAUUAUUUCUCUUUAGAUAUACAGAGUACUGGCGACCAGAGUGUGUCUGCUGAGUUGGUGCUGCAGAAAGCCUUAGAUCGAGAAAAACAAGCUGUUAUUGAGCUCACUCUGACUGCGAUAGACGGAGGAAAAUCUCCCAAAACGGGGACUUUGCAAAUACAAGUUAAUGUUCUGGAUGUGAACGAUAAUUCACCCGUGUUCAGUAAAUCUCUCUACAAAGUCCAAGUAAUUGAAAAUGCAAAUAUUGGCACACCGUUACUAACACUCACUGCGAGUGAUUUAGAUGAUGGUAUUAAUGGUCAGGUUGUCUACACAUUUACAGAAAGAGGACGUUUAAACCCUGAUGACAAAUUUUCCCUGAAUAAUAAUACUGGGGAAAUUACUGUGCGAGGAAAUAUUGAUUAUGAGGAAAACCAAGCAUUUGAGAUCCGCGUUCAAGCCCGAGACAGAGGAACUCCUCCUCGCAGUGCACAUGGCAAAGUUUUAGUUGAAGUCAUUGACGUUAAUGACAAUGCUCCAGAAAUCUCAGUGUCUUCAAUCAUGAGUUCAGUGAAAGAGGACGCCGAAAUAGGCACAGCUGUUGCUAUGGUGACUAUCACUGAUCAAGACGGGGGUAAAAAUGGCCUCACAAACUGUAAGAUAACAGGUUCUGUGCCAUUUAAAUUAAAAUCCAACUAUAAAAACUAUUAUUCUUUGCUAGUGGACAGGCUUCUUGACAGAGAGACUGUUUCCCGAUAUGAUAUAUAUAUUGUAGCUACAGAUGAAGGGACGCCCUCUCUGUCCAGCACAACUGUUAUCACUAUUCACGUUUCUGAUGUAAAUGACAACCCUCCUAAAUUCCCGAACUCUCCAAUUACUCUGUAUGUGAAAGAGAAUAGUCCGAUUGGAACUACUAUUCAUAAACUGACAACAACAGAUCUGGAUUUAAAUGAAAACGCAAAAUCAAUGUAUCAUUUAAUUAGCAGCUCUUCCAAGACCAUGCAAAUGGCUUCAAUGGUAACUGUUAAUUCAGAGACAGGAGAUAUAGUCAGCCUGCACUCGUUUAACUACGAGGAGUUAAAAACUUUCCACUUUAAAGUUCAGGCCACAGACUCUGGUGUUCCUCCACUUACAAGCAACGUCACUGUCAACAUUUUAAUCCUGGAUGAAAAUGAUAAUACCUCAGACACGCUCAAGAGUGACGUGGUGGUUUUCCCCGCCCCGUUUCCACCUGUAGAUGGAGAACUGAUCAGUAUUAACGGAGGAGACACUUUUACCAAGACUCAGACUUUACCUAACAAAGAGAAGUUGUACAAGAGGAUGUGGCUCUCCGGGCUUUUUGACAAAAACGGCAAGGACGUCAAAGCUAAUGUUGAUUAUGAGGAAUAUACAGCGUUUGAGAUCCGCGCAGAAGCUAACGAUAAGGCCCAGCCACCGAUGUCUGCUCACUGUAAGGUGCUGGUUGAGGUAAUAGACGUAAAUGACAACGCUCCGGCGAUAACAGUGACGUCACUCCUCAGCAGCGUAAAGGAGGACGCAGGUGUAGGUACUGCGAUAGCACUUGUAUCCGUACUCGACCGCGAUGGAGAAUCGGUUGUUAAUGUCUACGUCAAAGAAAACAGUAAAGUUGGGGAGAUUAUUAAAAGGGUAACUGCACAUGAUGCGGACACUGACCGGAAUAGUCAGAUGCGGAACUAA